AUGCCUUUGGCCGCUACCGCAGAAAGCCACGCGGACGAGCACUGCCCCAGCGUGGCCUCCGAGAACAGCCGGCGGUCGGCAGAGCCCGCGGGCAGCCCCGGCACGGCCGCCAGCCCAGGGCCCCGCAACGCUUCCUCGGGGAGCGCGGCGGGCAGCCGGUCCCCCUGCUCCUUCCGGAGCUUGAGUUCUUACGACGACUAUUCGGAAGACUUUCUGUCGGAGUGUUCGGAAACCGCCGUCCACAGCAACUACUCAGAGAAGCCUGCGGUCAAGGGGCAAAAGGAGGAGAAGAAAAACUGCGUUUCUCAAGUCUCCCAACCUAAAGGCCAGAAGGAAAUCUCAGCUGAAAGAAAGCACAACCGGAAUGCACCGUUUUUAAAUUCUAAAAUCAGUACGAUCGUCCAGAGAAGAGAGGCUGUGACCUACCGCAUACUCUCAGCAAGGCUCCACAGAAUUAAAGAACUGAAAAACGAACUAGCUGACAUACACCGGAAGCUGGAGGCCACGGUUGUGGAAAACCAGUUUUUGAAACAACUUCAGUUCAGGCACUUGAAAGCCAUAGGAAAAUAUGAGACUUCACAGAAUAAUGUACCUCAGAUUAUACUUAAACAUCAGAAUGAAGUUAAAAAUUUAAGGCAGCUACUUAGGAAAUCCAGAGAAAAGGAAAGAACUGUAUCCAGGAAACUUCGAGACGCCGAGAGCGAGUUGCUGAAAACCAAAGACGCCUUGCAGGCCCUCCAGGCGCUGUCUGAAGACAAAAGUCUCGCCGAGAGGGAAGAACUGACUCAGAGAUUGGCUAUCCUCACAACGAAAAUGGAGGAAAAUGACCAAAAACUACAGAACUUGGAGAAGCAGCUGAGGUUGAAGACGAAAGCCUUCGGUCGGCAGCUGGCCGCGGAGACCCAGAAGACGCUGGCCACCCAGGCAGCCAAGGAGGCUCUGCACAAGGAGGUCCGGCACCUUCAGCAGAAACUGAAGGAGAAGGAUAGAGAGCUUGAAAUCCGAAACAUCUACGCUAAUCGGAUACUGAAAAAUUUACAUGACACCGAAGAUUAUCCAAAAGUGUCUUCAACAAAGUCAGUACAAGCGGACAGGACGGGCGCUCCAGCCACCAGUGUGAGGCACCAGGAAACCCAGAAAUCAGAAGAUGCCCCCGCCUGGAUGACUAAGAGUAAAAAGACGACAGGAAACGCUGGUCAUAAAGAAAAGCCGACGGAAACGGUCCGUGCAAUUCCUCGCUACAGCAGCAAACUACCAAGCCAAGAAGGUUCCGAGAGAAAAUACGAAGGUUUAUCGAAGGAAGAGGAACAGUUGAGGGCACAAGCAGCUCCAGAGAACACUGGAAGGCAGAGAGAGAAGAAAGCAGAUCAGGAGAAGAAAAUCACUUUAGAAAAAGAACAAGAACCACCACCCGAGAGAACUCAAGUCACUCACCUCGAACCGGGAGGCCAGCAGGGAGACGAAGCGGCAAAAGAAGGGGUUCCAAAAAGCCUACAGAUGAGUGACGCGGACGAGGUACCGAACAAGAACGCUGCUGCCAACAUGAAAAUCCUCCUCAGACAGAGGAAGCGUUACUCAUUCACGGUAGCUACCGAGAACUUGCACCACGGGCUCCCUGCUUCGGGGGGGCCCACCCCAGGCCCCAGGAGGUGCAACCCGGGCCCAGACAGGCGGCGCGGGGCCAGGGAGGGCCCGAAGCCCGAGCACUCCGCCAGCAUGUACGAGCCCUCCUUCGGGAAGCCGUCCCGGACAAAGGCAGCGGGGGCAGCGUUCAGGGACAAGAAGAGCAGUCUGAUGCGGGAGCUCUUCGGGGCAGGCUACGUCUUCAAAAAGGACCGGGCCAGUGCUAUUAGAGAAGGGCCUGAGGAGACCUGGAAGAGCACGAAGGUGCCCCAGCCACCCCCCGGUCAGACCUCGGCCAGCAACGCUUUCGGAGACUCGAAAGUGACUGUGGUGAACUCGAUUAAGUCAUCCUCACCUACAGAAGGAAAAAUAAAAAUAAUUAUUUAA